AUGUUGCUGCAAUUGUUCAUGCCGUUGGCUUGUGUUCUGUUGAAUGCCAUGUUCUGCGGCAUUCUUGAGGUGUUAGCUGCAGAUGGACACACAAGCAGGAAUAUCUCAGAAGGACAUCUAAUGUUAUCCCCGGAUUGUGAAAUAAAAGAUAAUGACAGCAGACAGGAUUCUCCAGGAGAUAACCCCAUUACCCCAAUUAUACAUCCAGCUCUAUCAGCUAAUCCCUCUGAUCCUGGGAAAUGUUCUCCUGAUCACUCUGAUAUUGGUGCAUCUGUUACAGCUCUGAGAGUAGAUACAGUGUUUCCCUGUUCUAUAGAUGCCAAAUGUUUUACACAGAACACAAAGCUUAUUACCCAUCAGCCAGCUAAGGCAGGUGAGAAGCCAUUUCCAUGUUCUGAGUGUGAAAAAUGUUUUACAUACAAAUCAGCUCUUGUUACACAUCUGAGAAGACACACAGGUGAGAAGCCAUUUUCGUGCUCUGAGUGCGGGAAAUGUUUUACCCGGAAAUCACAACUUGUUACACAUCAGAGAAGUCACACAGGUGAGAAUCUAUUUCCAUGUUCUGAGUGUGGGAAAUGUUUUGUAUGGAAAUCACAACUUGUUAUACAUCAGCGAAGUCACACAGGUGAGAAGCCAUUUCUAUGUCCUGAGUGUGGGAAAUGUUUUGCACAGAAAUCAGAUCUUGUUAGUCAUAACCGAAGUCACACAGGUGAGAAGCCAAUUUCUUGCUCUGAGUGUGGGAAAUGUUUUACCCGGCAAUCACAACUUGUUAGACAUCAGCGAAGUCACACAGGUGAGAGGCCAUUUCCAUGUCCUGAGUGUGGGAAAUGUUUUGCACGGAAAUCACAACUUGUUAUACAUCAGAGAAGUCACACAGGUGAGAAGCCAUUUCCAUGUUCUGAGUGUUGGAAAUGUUUUGCACACAAAUCAGAUCUUGUUUUUCAUCAGAGAAAUCACACAGGUGAGAAGCCAUUUUCUUGCUCUGAGUGCGCAAAAUGUUAUACUCAGAAAUCACAACUUGUUAGACAUCAGAGAAGUCACACAGGUGAGAAUCCAAUUACUUGCUCUGAGUGUGGGAAAUGUUUUACACGGAAAUCACAACUUGUUAAACAUCAGCGAAGUCACACAGAUGAGAAGCCAUUUCCAUGUUCUGAGUGUGGGAAAUGUUUUGCACAUAAAUCAUAUCUUAUUAAACAUCAGAGAAGUCACACAGGUGAGAAGCCAUUUUCUUGCUCUGAGUGUGGGAAAUGUUUUACACAAAAAUCACAUCUUGUUAGACAUCAGCGAAGUCACACAGGUGAGAAUCCAUUUCCAUGCUUUGAGUGUGGGAAAGGUUUUGCAGACAAAUCAGCUCUUGUUAUACAUCACAGAAAUCACACAGGUGAGAAGCCAUUUCCAUGUGCUGAGUGUGGGAAAUGUUUUGCACAGAAAUCAGAUCUUGUUAGUCAUAACCGAAGUCACACAGGUGAGAAGCCAAUUUCUUGCUCUGAGUGUGGGAAAUGUUUUACCCGGCAAUCACAACUUGUUAGACAUCAGCGAAGUCACACAGGUGAGAGGCCAUUUCCAUGUCCUGAGUGUGGGAAAUGUUUUGCACGGAAAUCACAACUUGUUAUACAUCAGAGAAGUCACACAGGUGAGAAGCCAUUUCCAUGUUCUGAGUGUUGGAAAUGUUUUGCACACAAAUCAGAUCUUGUUUUUCAUCAGAGAAAUCACACAGGUGAGAAGCCAUUUUCUUGCUCUGAGUGCGCAAAAUGUUAUACUCAGAAAUCACAACUUGUUAGACAUCAGAGAAGUCACACAGGUGAGAAUCCAAUUACUUGCUCUGAGUGUGGGAAAUGUUUUACACGGAAAUCACAACUUGUUAAACAUCAGCGAAGUCACACAGAUGAGAAGCCAUUUCCAUGUUCUGAGUGUGGGAAAUGUUUUGCACAUAAAUCAUAUCUUAUUAAACAUCAGAGACGUCACACAGGUGAGAAGCCAUUUUCUUGCUCUGAGUGUGGGAAAUGUUUUACACAAAAAUCACAUCUUGUUAGACAUCAGCGAAGUCACACAGGUGAGAAUCCAUUUCCAUGCUUUGAGUGUGGGAAAGGUUUUGCAGACAAAUCAGCUCUUGUUAUACAUCACAGAAAUCACACAGGUGAGAAGCCAUUUCCAUGUGCUGAGUGUGGGAAAUGUUUUGCACAGAAAUCAGAUCUUGUUAGUCAUAACCGAAGUCACACAGGUGAGAAGCCAAUUUCUUGCUCUGAGUGUGGGAAAUGUUUUACCCGGCAAUCACAACUUGUUAGACAUCAGCGAAGUCACACAGGUGAGAGGCCAUUUCCAUGUCCUGAGUGUGGGAAAUGUUUUGCACGGAAAUCACAACUUGUUAUACAUCAGAGAAGUCACACAGGUGAGAAGCCAUUUCCAUGCUUUGAGUGUGGGAAAGGUUUUGCAGACAAAUCAGCUCUUGUUAUACAUCACAGAAAUCACACAGGUGAGAAGCCAUUUCCAUGUCCUGAGUGUGGGAAAUGUUUUGCACGGAAAUCACAACUUGUUAUACAUCAGAGAAGGAAAUCUCAAAUAUGGUCAGCUGGGCUAGAUGUAAUGGCUGAUCUUCUGAAGAUGGCAGACUGGUUCCAUGAGUCUUCAAUAGAGUCGCUCAAUAAGCUUCGUCUGCAAAGAGUGCGCCAACGAAGAGACAAUCCUUUUUCUGUCCUUUGUCGUUGUCUGCCAACAUGGACUGAUCCUCCUGCAGCCUACUCGUCUGAGCCAUCUUCUGUCCCGCUCAUCUGCCCUGCUGUCUACCGAAACGGACUGAUCUUCCUGCCGUCUUCCGCAGCCAACCUGUUUGAGUCGUCUUCUGUCCCGCUCGCCUGCCCUGCUGUCUGCCAACAUGGACUGAUCCUCCUGCCACCUCCUGCAGCCUACUCCUCCGAGCCAUCUUCUGUCCUGCUCGUCUGCCCUGCUGUCUGCCGAAACGGACUGAUCUUCCUGCCGUCUUCCGCAGCCGACCUGUUUGAGUCGUCUUCUGUCCUGCUCGCCUGCCCUGCUGUCUGCCAACAUGGACUGAUCCUCCUGCCACCUCCUGCAGCCUACUCGUCUGAGCCAUCUUCUGUCCCGCUCGUCUGCCCUGCUGUCUGCCUAAACGGACUGAUCUUCCUGCCGUCUUCCGCAGCCGACCUGUUUGAGUCGUCUUCUGUCCCGCUCACCUGCCCUACUGUCUGCCUAAACGGACUGAUUCUCUUGCCGUCUUCCGCAGCCGACUCCUCCGAGCCGUUCCACAGGGUCAUACUCUCCAGGGAAACAGGAAUCUGCAUUGCGCUGGAUUCCAGCCUCCGCAGCGGCACACUAUUUCAUUGGUAA